AUGCCAAGCAUUGGGGUGAAAUUAUACAGCGUAUUCUUCAAAUUUAUGCUAAAGCAUCGGUUGCAAGGCCGAUUACAGAACCCGGAUAGCGAUGUCGGGGGUGGAGGGAGUUUUGGUGUGACGUCGCGGCCGGAGGAGGAGACAGUGGCGGCUGCCAACCCUUCGUUCACCGACGGUGUCGCCACCAAGGACAUCCACAUCGAUCCCUUGACAUCGGUCUCAGUACGUAUUUUUCUUCCCGAUACUUGCCUUAAUUUUUCUGAAACCCUUAACAAACCUCUGUCCCGGGUUGCUGGAUCGGAUCCAAAUCUAAGCGCGCACCGUCGGAACAGCUAUGGGCCUGCGAUUAAUAAUGUUUCUAGUAGUAAUGGUGUAACGGUCAAGCAUGCUCACAAUCAGGAUAAUUACAGGAGAAAUAGUUAUGGAUGUAGUAGCGAUGGUGUUGGUUUGAAAUCGGAGAGUGGGAUAUACAGAGGUUAUAAUCCGAUGGGGAGUAAUUUUCGAAAAUUGCCGGUGAUGUUACAGUUUCACGGUGGGGGGUUUGUGAGUGGGAGCAACGAUUCUGAGUCGAAUGAUUUUUUCUGCAGGCGUAUCGCAAAGUUAUGUGAUGUGAUUGUGUUGGCGGUGGGUUAUAGGCUAGCCCCUGAGAAUAAGUACCCCGUAGCAUAUGAUGAUGGGUUGAAGGUACUGCAUUGGUUGGCAAAGCAAUCAAAUUUGGCUGAAUGUAGUAAAUCAUUGGGGAGUAUGCGGGGUGGUGGGGCAGAUUUGAGGAAGUCUGAUGGUCAGUGGCACGUUGCUGAUGCCUUUGGUGCAUCAAUGGUGGAGCCCUGGUUGGCUGUCCAUGGAGAUCCAUCGAGAUGUGUUCUUCUUGGGGCGAGUUGUGGAGGAAAUAUUGCUGAUUAUGUGGCACGGAAAGCUGUAGAGGCUGGUAAGCUUUUGGACCCAGUUAAGGUGGUGGCCCAAGUUUUGAUGUAUCCUUAUUUCAUUGGAAGUGUCCCAACACAUUCAGAGAUUAAAUUGUCAAAUUCCUACUUCUAUGAUAAGGCUAUGUGCAUACUUUCAUGGAAACUUUUCUUGUCCGAGGAGGAGUUCAACCUUGACCAUCCCGCGGCCAACCCACUUGUUGCUGAUAGAGGAGGGCCACCUUUAAAGCAGAUGCCCCCGACACUGACAGUGGUGGCAGAGCAUGAUUGGAUGAGAGAUCGGGCUAUUGCGUACUCAGAGGAGCUCCGAAAGGUAAAUGUUGAUGCGCCUGUUCUGGAGUACAAGGAUCAAGUUCAUGAAUUUGCAACCCUUGACAUGCUUCUUAAGACCCCUCAGGCCCAGGCAUGUGCUGAAGACAUCGCCAUUUGGGUCAAGAAGUAUAUUUCACUACGAGGUCACGAGUUCUCCUACUAA